GGCAUGUCAAUUUGACAUGCAUAAACAGAAACAAAUCACGUAAAAAUGUGAAGAAAUUUUCAGUAAAUUUAAUAUGGUUUCUUUCUUAGAUGAAAUCCUCCUUUGUCUGAGUUAUUUAGCGGUAGCAUUCAUUUCCCUCAAUUGCCUCAACAUUUACGUCAGUUUCGUUGGCACAGAAGCUAGAAGUUUCGCUUAUGGAUUAUUCAUAAUCAAUGGUAUUUAUGGCAUUGGAGGAGCCAUAAGUGCAGUGACCUCUGGUUUGGACCACGUCCAGGUGAUUUUUUACGCGGCUGAAAUAUCUUUGGUCCUGCCAUUUCUCACAACUGAGAUGUGGAUUCAGAAGAAUCUCUUCCCGAAGCAACAAGAACUGGUCUACGUCCCCUGUCUGCUGGGAGUACUACCUUUCUUCUCAUUCAUCAUGCUUGGAGUGAUCAGAAUUGAUCUCGUAGAACUCUGUUUGGUAUAUUGCUGUGUGUGCACAGCAUACGUAGGAUACAGCACUAGGGAUUAUCUGGUUGUAGCUGGAAGUCUCUUGUUUUAUCUGGCCUAUUGUAUGCACUUCAGAGGAAAAGUGAAAAUAUCUAAUGUUCUGCUCAUUUUUUUCACCCUCUGUUCCCUUGGAUCGAUUUGUCCGAAUUGUGUGGACGAAACCAGGAAGAAAAGCGAUUUUCCUUUCAAGGAACUCGGCUUUUAAUAAAAAAUUGAAAAGAA